UCCUAGCCGUAAUAGUCAACGCCGCGUGCAAAUACCGAAAACGUUUGAGAAAGUUCUUUCAUUAAGAAAAAAGUGGAAAUAAAUUUGAAAAGGAAAUAGAAAUUAAUAAUCUCAAUAAGGACAUUUAAUUUGUGCAAGUGCAAGCAGUUAAAGAACUAUUUUACAACAGUAAUUGCCUGUUUUGAGUGUGAGAGCAUUUUUAACGGUUGCGAGUUUAAAAUUUUCACGCUAAAAGUGAUUAAAUUCGAUUAAACAACAACAAAACCACUUUAAGGUAAAGAAAAUUCCAAAAGCUAAAAAUACGAAGAAGAAGAAAAGAAAAAACAAACCAAAAAUUCACUGGCGCCAUUCGGGGAAGCCAACGACGAACGUCCACCAAAUAACUGUUAAAGAAAAGUACUACAUAACCACCGAACCAGCGGCUACACGCAUCGGCUACCACACAAUAACAACAACACGCACUAUCAAAACAAACAGAGAGAGAAUCUCAGUGAAAAAGUGAAAUUUUCGCCAAACGUCGCAUAAUAAAAACAACCGGAAACACAAUGGUCACAGCACAAUUGGCAAUUCGUCGCAGUAGCAACGCCAACAACAACAACAACAUCAUUAACAGUAACAAACAGCACAAAAUCAGCAAGAAGCAGAGUGGAACUAUGUGCAGCUCUAGCAACGUUGGCAGCGCUCAAAUGAAAUGUCGCCGUAAAGGCGUUGGCGUCGCCUCAGCGCCAUCACUCAGUCUCGGACUUUGGCUGCUGCCUGUGCUGUUGGUGUUGCUGGCGUGGCAGCAGCAGCCAUGUGAGGGACGCUAUCUGCCGACAAGGUCACAUGGUGACGAUUUGGAUAAGUUACGCGAAUUAAUGUUGCAGAUUUUGGAAUCCAGCAAUGAGGAGCAACGUCCACCCAACGAGGCAAAUGGCAAUACAUUGGCACAGAGAGUUUCCUGGUUGAAUAAACUGAACGGCUUGGAUGGAGCGGAGGCGCCACGAAAAUAUGGCGCACGAGGAAUGUAUGACAAUGGGCGUUACUAUUAAACAGAGAAAUUAAAAAAAAAAUUCAAAUUAAAAGUUAGAAAAGCCGUAGACUGUGAGAAUGGAGAGAAGUGAAAUAAAACCGUUGACGACAAACCAAAAAUUUAAAAUAAUCAAAAAAUACAAAACACUGAGAAGGAUUUAAAAUGUAAAGCUCUGCAGCUAGAAGAAGGACUAAAAUAACCGAAAAUGUUGCAAAGAAAGAAGAAAUUUUCGAGAAAAAUGUUAAAUGUUAAAACGAGCACAGAAAGAAAACGAAAAUGCGCGAGAGCGUUAACCAGACAUAAACGAGAAUUUAUAUUAGAAAUGCAUCAUUGAAAAAGCUGCGCAUUUAAGCUUUAAGAAAUAUUUGAGUUUGAUAUUAUAUUAAAAAUAUUAAUUAAUAUUGUCUAAAAUUUUAUUAUUUCAAAAAAUAUUUGAACUCCAGUGACUAAGCUUUAAGCGCCUAACUGUUGCUGAAUUUUUCUCCGGUUUAAAAGUAGUAAAAGGAGGGUGCAAGCUUUUUGGAUGCAUUAGUUUUGAAAAUUCGAAAUAUAAUAUAUUUCAUGACAUUCAAGGCAGUUAAGAAUGUUUUGUGAGGCUUUAGAAAAUAAAACUUUUAAUAAGCUGCAAAAAAUGUUUCUGUGCCAUUAACGGCAUUGAGGAUUAUAUAACGAUAUAUGAAAGCUUUCAUUACAAGUUUUAAAAGUUUAGCUGAGAGAAUAGUUUAUUUAUUACGCUUACAAUUUAAUGGAUGGGACUUUGUAAAACAUGAAAGCUUGCUUUGCUACAUAGCUUUCGUAGACUUAAAAUUUAAAAAAAAAAAAAAGUUUUGUGAAGCAAAUAUUCAGUUAACUAUAACUAUAAGCAAAAGGGUAUUUUAGAUAUUUUAAGAAACCAUUUGUUAUUAGCAGAGCUUUCAGUAGUUUAAUAUUUUUAACAAAUUUCAUAAAAAUUUAAAAGGUUAGUAUGGGCCUAAUUAAUACCAAAAACAAACUUUGGUAAAAACCGUAUGCACCUUGAAAACACUUUUUAAGUACCACAUCAAGUGAAAGCUCCACAAAGCUCCAGCUCAGUGAUUCUCUAUGAAGCACAAGCUAAAAUAUUAUUGUAAACUUUUGAUAUAUGGCUGAAAGUACAGACGUGAACUAGCAGUACUCAAGCUUUUUUGUAAGUUUUCAAUAUAAAAAAUAUAUUACGGAAGCUUUUUGUUAGCUUUUGCUAAAAAUUUGUGGUUCAUUAACACUUCUCAGCGCAGCUGGCAGCUUCAAGUUCACUAUUUUAUUGUUUUGUAUUUUUUUUUUUUAAUUUUCCUGACAUUAAAAAGAAUGUCCAAAAUGUUUGUUGAAUGUUAAUAGAUAAUUUAAUUAAUUAAUUCUAUUUUGUUUAAUGAAUCAAAAUUGAAAAAAAAGAAUUAUCGCUUACUUAAUCCAAUCGCUUAGGCGACUGAAAAUAUUUUUAUGCGGUUUCAAUAUGAGUUCGUGACUCUCAUCAAAAUUAUAAAAAGCUUUAGCAAAAAUUUUUCGUAAAAAAACUAUACAUACAUACAU